AGAAUAGAAGUUGAUGAACCGGAUGUUGAUUAGCGUAACCCGGAUACUGAAGGACCACGCGGUUGGGUGCGGGAAUGGACGCUUUCGAGUUAUUUCGGAAACUUGGAGCUGGUGCUAAAUUCGAUCUCAAAAGAUUUGGUCAAGAUGCUGCCAGGUUUAAGGUUACCAGGUCUCGGGAAGGGGAAACUUUCUCGGACGCUCUCUCCACAAUCGAUUAUUUCCGGACAGACCCGACCAGCGGAGCCCAGAUCAGCGACCAGAUCGAGCAGGAGGAAGAGGAUGAGGGGAGCGGGGAAUCUGAAGCUGGAGGCAAAAGAAAGCGUGAUGAGGAUGAUCACAUGAAGUCCAAAAAGAAGAAAACAAAAAACAAGAAAGUUGCAGCUAAAGAUGUUGGAAAAUCUUUAAAUGAGGGAAACGGGAUCAUGUUGACCUCGUCCUCUGGUAGAAAGAGUCAAAGCGUCCAGAGCGAUGAAGAGAAAUCCUCACUGAAGAAGCUGAGGCGACUUCAUCAAGAGAAGAUCAAUCGUAUUCGCUCUCAGCACAGAAUAAAUGUUCACGGUUCCGACGUCCCCGAUCCCGUGUGCACUUUUGAGGAGCUGCAGUCCGAGUAUCACCUGAACCCCCGUGUUCUCCAGAACCUCAAAGAUGCAGGGCUGAACUCUCCAACUCCUAUUCAGAUGCAGGCAAUUCCACUCAUGAUGCAUAGUCGGGAGCUUUUGGCUUGUGCUCCCACAGGAUCUGGAAAGACUUUGGCCUUUUGUCUCCCGCUGCUCACCCACCUGCACCACCCAGCCAAUCUGGGUUUCAGAGCCGUGAUCAUCUCUCCAACCAGAGAACUGGCCAGUCAGACUUACAGAGAGUUGCUCCGCCUCUCAGAGGGAGUCGGGUUUCGAGUUCACAUUAUCGACAAAGCUUCCUUGGCUGCGAAAAAGUACGGACCGCAGUCGAACAAGAAAUAUGAUAUACUCGUCAGCACCCCCAACCGGCUGGUUUUCCUUCUCAAACAGGAUCCUCCUGCUAUUGACCUCAGCUGUGUGGAAUGGCUGGUUGUGGACGAGUCUGAUAAGCUUUUUGAAGACGGGAAGAGGGGCUUUAGGGAGCAGCUGGCCGCCAUUUUUCUCGCCUGUUGCGGUGCGAAGGUGCGCAGGGCUUUCUUCAGCGCCACAUGCACAGCCGAAGUGGAGCAGUGGUGCCGCCUGAACCUCGACAACCUGGUUUCUGUGAACAUCGGACACAGGAACACCGCAGUGGACACGGUGGAACAGGAGCUGCUGUUUGUCGGCUCGGAGAGCGGAAAGCUCGUAGCCAUGAGAGACAUCGUCAAAAAAGGGUUCCUACCCCCCAUGCUGGUGUUUGUGCAGUCUAUAGAAAGAGCGCGGGAGCUGUUUCACGAGUUGGUUUACGAAGGCAUCAACGUAGACGUGAUUCAUGCGGAGCGCACACAGCAGCAGAGAGACAACGUGGUGAACAGUUUUCGAUCCGGGAAGAUUUGGGUGCUGAUUUGCACAGCUCUGCUCGCCAGAGGAAUCGAUUUCAAAGGAGUCAACCUCGUAAUGAACUACGACUUCCCCACCAGCGCUGUGGAAUAUAUUCAUCGAAUCGGUCGCACAGGCAGAGCUGGACAUCAGGGAAAAGCAGUCACCUUUUUUACAGAGAGUGACAAACCAAUGCUGCGCAGCAUUGCAAAUGUCAUCAAACAAGCUGGCUGUCCCGUACCCGACUACAUGAUCGGCUUCAAGAAGUUGCACAGCAAAGUUAAACGGAUACUUGAGAAGAAGCCUCCCAAGAGAAACACUAUCUGCACAACUCCACGCUUCAUGAUAAAGAAAAGGGGCAAUGCAAAGAAAAGUGAAGACAAGACAAUUUCUGGUGGAGGGCACAAAGAAAAAAAAGAACCUGUCACGCAAACUCUGAAGACCAGGGAAAGGAAAACAAAAAAACAGAAGCUGAAGGGAAGAACUGCAGCAGACGGAGAAAAGGUGACUCAGAAGCCCAAGAAAGCAUCACAAAAGAAGAGGACAGAUUCUACUGGUGCUCAUUGUGGAAAGGAAAAAUGACCAGAUGGUUGUUGUUGUACAUUUAAAAAAUGGUGAAAGACUAAAUUCCUAAAAUUGUCUGUGUAUUGAAAUACUACCAAACAAAGGCGUAAUAAAAUGCUAAAGCUUAAUUA